GCGGCCCGUCUGCGGGCUCGGAACUUUCCGGCUACUUGGCUGCCCUCCCAGGCGCAGAAGCGGCGCCCCUUCCCGGCUCCAGCCGAAGCUGCCUUUCUCCCCGUCCGUUGCCCGACAGACCGGAGGCCCCUCGGAGGGGGGGUGGAAGGGGGCUUCUCUGAGCGAAGGAGCUUUGCAGCACAGGACUGAAGAGCCCCAUGGCGGCCUCAGGGGAGGAGACGCUGGUGGGGCAGCUGGGCGAGUUGGCCACCUGCCCGAUCUGCCUGGACUUCUUGGAGCAGCCGAUGGUCCUGUCCUGCGGGCACAACUUCUGCCGCCGCUGCCUGGCCCAGCUGGGCGAUCAGUCUUCCUGCCCCCUGUGCAGAGUCAGGGUGGAGCCCAAGCGUACCUACCCCAACCAGCCCAUGGCCAACAUCGUCUGCCAUUUGAAGAGGCGUCGACUGUCAGAGGGAGCCCAGGAGGAGAGCAGCGACCAACAGCUGUGCCAGGAACACAGGCAGCCCCUGCAGAUCUUCUGCUCCAGCGAGAAGAACCUCCUCUGCCUUGCCUGCUUGCGGGAGCACCGGGGCCACUCCCUCUUCUCUCUGCCUGAGGCUGCCCAGGGGUACAAGGACUUGCUGCAUGGCCUCCGGGAGCCCCUGCGGAAGGAGGAGCAGAAGCUGCAAAAGCAGAGGCAGGCCGAAGAGCAAAGCCGGCAGGAGUUUCAGGAGCAAUUUGCCGCCGAGAAGCAGAAGGUGGGCCUGGUGCUGGAGUCCCUGCAGGAGCUGCUCCGGGAGACGCAGCUGGGCUGGCUGGGCUGGCUAGCCGAGCAGGAAGAGAAGAUGGAAGCUGAGUGGGCGGUGGCCCUGGACAAGCUCUCCAGGGAGAUCCUCCACCUGCAGCAGCUGAUGGCCCAGAUGGAGAGGAAGUGCCGCCAGCCAAACGAGGAAUUCUUGCAGGACAUCCAGGACACCGUAGACAGGUGCCAGAGUUACGUGGUGGGGUCCGUAGAGAGCGCCUCUCCCAGGCUGCAAGUCAGACUCCGGACCCUCUUGGAGAAAAAUGCUUCUGUAAGGCGGAUUGUGGACAAUUCCAAAGCCUCUCUGCAGGCGACUCUGACCAGGGAGAACCUGGAGCGACUUCUGACCACAGCAGCUGCUCCAGAACAGCCAAGAUCUCCUAAAGUACUUCCUAUCUGAUGCAGAAUUUUUUGAUAUCUUUGGGAAGACAAAAGAUGCAAUUUACCAGAUGCCUACAUGGAAACAGCAAAACGAGAAGAAACAAUUCAGAUUGUUUUGAACAAAGGGACAAAUAGUUGGUGACACCUGAAAACAGGAUUGUUUGCAAGACAGGGCACAAAGGUUAAGAUGGGGCCACAAAUUUAUCUUAGAACUGUCAAUGCAGGUAAAAAAUUGAUGGAACUUUGAUCGCUCGGUGGCUAUACCAUCUUGGCUGUUUUGACUUCCUGACUCAGAAAGAAGAUGGAUCUUGGAAGAGAGU